AUUUUGGUGUAUUGCGAUAGUGUUUGUUAAGGCUAAGAGUGCAAAGAUAGUGGCUUUUCGUGGAACGUGUUCAUUAGCUGACUAUAUGGUUAACUACAGGGAACAGGAACUAUUUGCUAUUAUAUUUGUAUAAUAUAGCAGCACAUAUUUUUAUGCUUUCUUAACAUUAAGCGGAAGGAUAUACAUUGUUAAGCGGUUCGAAAACGGGAAUAACGGUCCUUGGCGAGAGGAUAAUAGAGGCGUGUGCACAGCAGGGUUGGAGUAAUUUAGCAAAAUUUCUUUGAAAACGCAGUUGUCUUAAACUGAGAAAUGGCCGAUCAGCUAACAGAAGAACAGAUAGCAGAAUUCAAAGAGGCUUUUUCUCUCUUUGACAAAGAUGGAGAUGGUACAAUUACCACAAAGGAAUUGGGAACAGUGAUGAGGUCAUUAGGACAGAACCCCACAGAGGCAGAAUUGCAGGAUAUGAUCAAUGAAGUUGAUGCAGAUGGUAAUGGAACAAUUGAUUUUCCUGAAUUCCUAACUAUGAUGGCAAGAAAAAUGAAGGAUACAGACAGCGAAGAGGAAAUAAGAGAGGCAUUCAGGGUCUUUGACAAGGAUGGUAAUGGAUACAUCAGUGCUGCAGAACUACGUCACGUCAUGACAAAUCUUGGUGAAAAGCUUACAGAUGAGGAGGUAGACGAAAUGAUCAGAGAAGCAGAUAUAGAUGGAGAUGGACAAGUGAAUUAUGAAGAAUUUGUACAGAUGAUGACUGCAAAGUAGAAGACCUGUGAGGAAUCUUUCUUGUAAAGAAAUGACUGUCUGCCUUUGAUCAGCCACCCAUUUUCUCUUCCCCCCCCCCCCUUUGUUUCUCCACAAUGGACUACAGAUGUGUCCUGUUUACUUGGCCUGUGUAGAGUUUAGCUUUCUACAACAAGUUCCCUGAGCAUGACAUCACCAGUGUUUUGGCUGUAAACCUCAGAAGAUAGCACAAGAGAGUGCAUGCUUCCCUUGCUAUGAAGAAUUAACCUUGUGAGAACAUUUGUCUAGAGAGUGUUUGCAGUGCAGGGAUAGAACUGAAGUUGGACACUUGUGGGGGAAAGAGCAAUACUAAGUUUCUGCAGUGACAGUAGUGGUCUCAAAGAUGGCAGUUGGCUUAUUUUGGGUUGAGGAGUUGAUGCUUCAGUAGUGUAAAUUUAUGGUGUGAAAUCUCCACUUAAAUGUAUUGAAGAUGGUGGGUAGAACUGCUGAACUGUUCAGGUAUGGUGUACAGCAAUGGUCUUAAAUGCUUAGUCUAUAGCUAUACUAGCCUGAAAGACUAGGUAUAGUAAGACAUUAAAAUUUCUUGUCUGAAAUGUAAUUGGUGCAGCAAUACUUGUCUAGUGCCACAUCACUGCACCCCCAUUAACAUUGCAACUUGUGAGGACUGCAACAUGGGGAAAAUGUACUCAAAUCAUCAAAUUCCUCCAAGAAGCUGUUCGGUGAAAGGCACAUCUGAACAGUUCUCUAUGCUAACAUUUAGAGGGCUUUGUAAUGGGAAAUGGUACAAGUGAAAAGGUGUGGGUGACCACCUGACUAGCCUUGUUAUCUUGAAUUUUCCACUUUGAAGCCCUAUAUAGAAUUUGUAACUGGCAUUCAGCAGUUAUUGGUUACAUGUGGCCUGUCGCUACAGGCCAGCUGCUCUUGUAUUGGGAGUCUAUUCAUUAGUCUUAAGUCAUGCAAGAAAGGCUGGUUCUAGAUAAAUGCAGUUCAGUCCUCUUUAAUUGGUAAAUUUAAAGGUGAGUUUUGUACAUAGAGUAAGGAUUUAUAAAAUGUUUUUCCUGUUUUAGCUGGAUUUGAAUUAUCAGGAGUACAUGCAGUGCCAGUGGAAUGUCUGCUUGCAUCAAGAGUGCCCUUAACAGUUUUCUUUAGAUGGAAGAAAGACUUCUAGAUUAUAACAUUCCAAUAAACUUCUUCUGGCACAAAUAGCUGCAUGCGUGUGAUGUCAUUCCAUGUUUACUACUGGGUCUUGAAUAAAAGGGUAUGUUUCGUCUCCAUGACAGACUCCUCCAGGAAACCAGAUGCCAUAAAUUUGGAUCAGUCUGCAGACUGUUGAAAAAGAUCUUGCACUGAAGGCCUUGGAUUCACUUGGUGAAAACUUCAUUUGUGUGGUGGUAACAUCCAUUGGACUGUAUCUAGAUUAUGCUCAAGUUUGCAGUGCCUGCUGCUGUUCAGAGUAUGGAUGUUUGCACUUUUGCAGUACAGUCCCCAGUUUCUAUCCCUGCAGAAUGCUUUAACAACAAUGUUCAUUGAGCAAAUGUAAAUUAUAUAUUGGACUGUUUUUAUUACAGCAGACUUGCAUAUAACUAUACACAGUUGCCUUUCUGUAAUUAUUGCUUUAGAUUUUUUUGCGAUUGUGAAUUUUUGUUUCUUUGCUUAACUCCAGUCCACAUUGGUUUCUGGAGGUGCUUCAGUUCCAUUCCAGAUUUUUUUCAAUAAAUUCUACUUGUGUUUGUAA